AUGCCAUCCUUGUGCAUCAAUCUGGAUUGCAAGUUCGGCGCGAUCAACAAACAGGGCGAAACAAACCCUAAGUCGCUCGUCCUCUUCAGGCUUCGCCCAGAGAAAACAGUGCGGAGGGCGCCAGGCCCAGGCCCGAUCCGCAAGCGCAACUGGGCCCCGCUGGCCAAGCAGUGGCUCAAACAACGCAAAGUCAUACUCCACACAGGCGGCGCCCGCUCCUACAAGCUGCGCGUUGACGUCGUGGUCCACGACUGGGUCGUCCACAUGAAGAAGCGCGUGAAGGUGAACGGCAAGUACGCGUGGGUCAAGCCAGCCUUCACGAAGGUCAGGUAUCACGACAUUGCAGACAAUGGAUGCUCCAACAAGAAGAAGCGCAUCUGGGUGAAGUGCGGGACCCAGAUCAUUGACCGCGUCUGGGGCGGGUUGAGGCGCCACCUUGGCCCCAACCGCAAGGUGAACUCCCGCGCGCUGGCAAACAAGGUGAGGUCCUUCCAGUGGUGCUACUUGAACAAGGGCGAGGACCUGUGGGCGCAGACGGGCAAUAUGCUUACCGCUCUGUUCCAGCAGCAGCACGAGUGA